UUUAGUGUGCAAUAUCAAGUUCCUGUUACAUUUAGAAGCAUGGCAUCAGGAGGAAGACCUGAAAGACAAGCUCCCCCUGAAUUUUUUUAUAAUGAAGAUGAAGCAAAGAAGUAUUCAUCAAAUACGCGUAUGAUAGAGAUACAGAGUCAUCUGUCAGAGCGAGCCCUGGAGAUUCUUAAGCUUCCUGAUCAACCAUGCUUUGUCUUAGAUAUUGGGUGUGGGUCUGGUUUGAGUGGGGAGAGCAUCACAGAGCAAGGCCAUUACUGGGUCGGUAUGGACAUCAGCUCACACAUGCUGGAUGUGGCUGUUGACCGGGAAGUGGAAGGAGACUUAAUUCUGGGGGACAUGGGUUACGGCAUCCCGUUCAAACCCGGCACCUUUGAUGGAGUAAUCAGUAUAUCAGCUCUACAGUGGCUUUGUAAUGCAGACAAGAAAUACCACCAUCCUCCAAAGAGACUGCUCAAGUUCUUCACCUCGCUCUAUGCUGCAGUGGCUAGAGGAGGUAAAGCAGUGUUUCAGUUUUAUCCAGAGAACAGCUCCCAGCUGGAGCUAAUUACCCAACAAGCCAUGAAGGCAGGGUGGACCGGAGGACUAGUCGUGGACUACCCUAACAGUACCAAGGCCAAAAAGAUGUUUCUGUGUUUGUUCGCCGGUGGUCAGCCACAGCAGCUACCCAAGGGCCUGGGGGAGGAGCAGUCAUCGUCCAGUCACGUCUCUUUCACAGACAAAAGAGAGAGAAUGAAAAACAUGAGAGGGAAAAAUCCCAAGACAAACAAGGACUGGAUAUUGUCCAAAAAAGAGCGGAGACGGCGCCAGGGAAAGGAAGUUAGAGCAGACUCAAAGUAUACUGGAAGGAAGAGAAAGGACAAGUUCUGAGUGGUGUCGUUGUGACCCCUACAGAGAACGCUAGUAUUUGUACCCAGACAAACAAACUGUUACCUGUAAAAGACAGGAAAACAUUUCAGACGAGUGAUGUGAUCCACUUGUAAUGGGUUGUGGUGAAGUGUGAACUGGAGAGAAUGAGUCAAUAAUGUGGAUGUUAUGUGCUUUUUGUUAAGUUUUAAAAUAAAAUGUCAAAUCUUUUAAA